AGCUGUUCCGAAGUGCAGGAGGUGCGGGUCGUGGUGACGUCAUCAAGCUGUACAACUGGGAGGACAAGCUUGUGAACGUCGGAGCAGACCUCUGCCCCAACACUCCGUGUACCCCGUACCGUCUACACGUGGUCGCUACUCCAUGCAACGGUACGUACCCUCGCCCCAACACCCCGUGUCCCACGUACCGUCUACACGUGGUCGCUACACCAUGCAACGGAAAUAAACUGAGCCAUCUGGGGAUUGAUCUCAUGGACCUAGAACAAAGGCUGUGUGAGGUGGAGAGAACCGUAUCCUCGCUCAAGACCGACCUGCCACCUGUUGUUGACGAACUCCGGAGAGCCGUCGACGCCUUCCGGAUGAGGCUAGAAACUACCGAGCACCUGUCCUGGCUAGGGUUCUACAAGGAGGGGAUUGGGGAGCCGCUGGGCGCCUUGCCGGAGACUCACCCCUAUUGGAAACACGUUCAAUACCGCAGGAAGGUGGACCAGGAGCUCUCUACCGUCUUCUCCAAGUUCAGGGAGAUAUGUGACGGUGUGGUGGAGGAGGACACGCGGACGCUGCUCAGACUCCCCACCUUCAACAACUGGGUCUGGGAGGAGUGGGAGAUCCUUCUCUUGCUCCAGCACAUGUAUAAUGACUUGGAUCUGCUAACUAAAUUUGGCAUCGAGAUUGAGGUGCUGCGGAGCUUCUUGUGUCGGGUCUACCACUGUUAUAAUCAAGUUCCCUUUCACAACUUCCAGCAUGCCUUCUGCGUCACCCAAAUGAUGUAUGGCAUGAUCUGCAAGUGCGACUUACAAAGACGAUUAGGAGAUUUGGACGUCCUAAUCCUGUUGACAUCAUGUAUAUGUCAUGACUUGGACCAUCCUGGCUUCAACAAUAUCUACCAGAUCAACGCCAAGACAGAGUUGGCACUCAGGUACAACGACAUCUCACCGUUGGAAAACCACCAUUGUUCUGUUGCGUUUACUGUCUUGGAGAGGAACGAGUGCAAUAUAUUUAGGAAUGUGUCGGCAGAAGACUACAAGAAGAUAAGGGAGGGAAUGAUUCGGUGCAUCCUAGCGACGGACAUGGCACGCCACAAUGAGAUUCUUUCCGACUUCCGUGAGAUAAUACCAGAGUUCGACUUUGAGAACAGAGCUCAUAUCAAUCUUCUUCACAUGAUUUUGAUCAAAGUUGCAGACAUUAGCAAUGAAGCUCGACCUCUGGACAUUGCCGAGCCCUGGCUGGAGUGUCUGAUGCAGGAGUUUUUCAACCAGAGUGACCUGGAAAAGCUGGAGGGCCUGCCAGUGUCUCCUUUCAUGGACCGGGAGAAGGUGACGAAGCCCUCGUCCCAGUGCUCCUUUAUUGGCUUUGUUCUCUUGCCACUUUUUGAAGCACUCGGAAAAGUUCUGCCUGAGCUCGAUGAAUUAAUAAUCCAGCCAGUGAAGUAUGCCCUGGACCACUACCGAACACUCAAUGAAGCAUCCAAGAAAACUUCACAAGAGCUAGCGAUGGUUCAGUCACCAGAGGAAGAACAACAGCCUCAGAGUCCAAAUAGCCCGUUGUCUCAAGAUAAUACAAAAAAAAUAGUUCACAAGACAGAAAGCUUUCACAGUCUGGGGAGUCGAGCAUCGUCACGAGCCUCAUUCUAUCGCUCCAAUACUGUUGACUGUGGAGAUGUUGAGAUAGAUGAUGCCAACUUGACAGAGACUGAAGUUGACGUGAGUGAAAGAACAUCUAGAUUCAAAAUUGCGACCGAUAUUCAUAAAUCGCCUUCUAGAAGAAAUAGUUCUGAACGCCGCAACAGUGUAGGCGGGAGGUCAAGUUGUGAGAGAACCAUAUCUCCCAGAGCACUGGAAGAUCGACUCUUGCCUCAUGCAGAGGCCAGAAUUGAACCUGAAGAUAAUGAAUCACUUCCCGAGAAAUACGAAAAAGAAUCUUCUAUAUUUGCACGUCUAAAAAUUUUCUCUGAACGUCUCUCAAGUGAUAGGGAUAAGAAUCUCAAUGGUUCGGCUCCUUUUGGAAAGGGAAGCACGAGGCAUAAACAAGGUGGUCUGCAGGGUGUGCUCAAACGAACUAGAAGUAGGUCCGAGCCUGCAAAAGACCGACCCCACAGAACGUUUCAUAUAACUCGACCUAGAAUUAGUUUCGGGAUAAACACCCAGAAGCCACAAAGUGAAGAAAACAUGUUGAGUUGCCAUGAGAAAGAGAUUUCAAAAGAAAAAAAUGUAGAGUAUGUUUCUGAUGAAAUUCCUUCAACUGGUGAAAUCAAAACUUCUACCUCCUUCGAACUUUUAGAACAAAAAAAAAAGCUGUGCGUGUUAAAAGAUGCUCAACUGUCGCCAACACUUUCAGAAAAGUGUGCAUUAUCCUCGAACUCAAUUCUUAAGAAUAAAGGGUUCAGCCUUUCUUUAGACGUACUUCCUCGAAAAAAUGGUCGCUCUAGGAGGCCCAAUGGUGAUGAAAUUCAGACUUCUGAAAACACCCCAGGUGGUUCAGAAGAUGACCUUCUAGUGGAGACAAAAAUACCACAGGUGGAUGAAGCCAACAGACACAAUCAACAUCAAUCGGUGCUCAACCAAACCAGAGGCAUAAGACAAACUGACAAGUUACCUCUCGUUUACUAUGAUUCUCCAAAGAACUCCAAAAAGAAGCCCGAGUCUGCAAGGUACUUACUAUUCAAGCCAUUCUCCCUUAGAAAAAAAUCUCCAACUAAAGAUGAAGGGAUAAAGCACAAAGAUAAUGACUCCCACAGUCCCACUGUAGAGAAAUUAUGACACGUGGGAAUAUGUUCAUGCAUUUAAAUUUUAUACUAUAAUGACCACUGCAAUCCCAGCUACUUUGAAAGUGUUUCAAGAACCUAUCAAGCUGUAUAAUAUCAAACUCAGUGGUAGUUGUACUAAUGUAUAACAUUAGUUCCACCUUACAUGUUUUUCUUAACAAAAGCCACAUGGUUAAGUAUGACUAGCUUUGGAUUUUCCUGAAAAUACAUGUAGCAGACCGAUUCUAAUGUUAUCUUACAGGUAGAGCACAUUUUAGAAGUUGGAUAAGCCACAGACCUCAGGAACAACUACUGUAUUCGGGAAAUACAUAAGAGACUGAUAGAUUCAUAAUUUACCACUGAUGCUUGUCAAUUUAUUUGAAUUAAAAUCAGCAUAGCUGUUAAAUUUGUGUUCUGAAUGCAGUGUGAAACCUUUGGUGUAUUUGACACACAAUUAUGCUCGCAGGACUCAUCUUAUAAUUGCAGUGGGAAAUGUCAGGGAUUUCAUGGGAUAUAGUUUUACUUUUUUACGCAUUGGAUUAUAUUUUCCCUACAUAUCAAAUUACCUCUUUAAGAUAUAGCUCAUAUAUUGGUGUCGUGGAGAAUCCUAUGACUGAGCUGGACAUUGGUCAUACCAGAUCACAACGUUACUGUCACACACUGAGGAUUCUGAGCCAUGUUAUGUAUGUGCCAAAAGUCUCGUUACUACCUAUUAUAUAUCAGUAUUUUUCCAAACUUUUGGAUACCUAUGUAUAUAAGACGUAUAGAAUUUAAUCUGAAUAAGAUAUUUAUAAUUAGGUAUUGCAGAAUUCUACAAAUUAGAAAACAAGUUUGUAUGUCUAGGAUGUUAUAUUUGUGCUUUUAUUCAUAUUGAAAAUUAAAGAUCAAUAUUUUUAUUAAAGUAUACUGUGUAUAUAUGUAAUCCAGGUGUAAUCAUGUUUUCCAGUGUCUUGAUAUUUUAUUUUCUGUACCAAAGACAAAUGAAGGCUAACUUUCUUGUCUCGUGUUGGGAAUGGAAGCCACAGAAUUUAAGUGUGCAAUUGUUAGAGGCUUUGCUAAAGUUGAGAAUGAGUGAGUGUGGAGGUGUUAGUGUACCAUGAUGAUGAUAAGCUACAGACAUUUUGUUUUAACCAGACACUGUAAAAACUCAGUGGAAGAGUGAAUGACUCGCAUUCAUAUUACCCUACAGUGGUUCACUUACCUCAUGAUUGCUGUCCUGAAUGGCAUUUAUUUUUCCUGGAAAUCUCCAUAAGUCUUUUAUUGAAUCUUAAAUAAAACAAGUGGGGUAUUAGGCCAACAUGUAUAGUUUUGAAUUCUGUUUCAUUACAGUAUCUUUGUUUCUGAAUUGCAUGGAGUGAUUAGUUAAAUUGUCAGGUAAUGAUUGUAGAGGAAUAUUAUGUACCCUCUUGCACCAUUUGAAAUCAGGAAUGUUGUCCAGAUAGUUCCUAAAUGUUGGGGUGUAACCUGUUGUUUAGAGAAACUGUUGAUGCUUGUUCUCUCACCAAGUUGGUCUUCCCUUAUCUGUAGAAAAACAAAUGUGUUUGUAAUUUGUUUAAACCUCAUCUAAAAAAAAAUUGUUUUAUGGGUUUGUAUAAUAACCAGUUUCCUUGAUGUUUAUAUAUUUAAUGGUAAUAUCAGUGUUAUGUGAAAAAAUUAUGAAAACUAUUCAGCAAUUGUUGUUGUGCUGAAGAUUAAUAAACUUAUUCAGUGAAUGAAAUGAAAGUGUUUAGUUAGGGAUUUUUUAAUGUUAUGAAAUUGAAGAAUAAGUGUUGUGAACAAUGCUAGAUAGAAUGGAGGAUUUUACUACCAUUAUCCAUGUGAAAUGUAGCGUGCAUCCUGUAGUAGCCUUUCUUAACACGACAAAUAUUACUGAGCCCUUGGAUAUUAUUAGUGCUUACUAAAGACCAUACUAGUUCAUUGUACUUACUAGUUCUUGUGACUCACGACAGCCACACUGCUUUGGUUGUCAUAGAGGCAGGUUCUCUAUAUUUACAGUCAUUAAAGAAUUAUGUUAAUGUUGUCCUUAAUGUAGACCGUAGGGUAGGUAAAUUAUUGUUAAUAUUGUGGGAUGACACGUAUGGUCUUAGUUAGCAUUGCCAUGGCAAGAAGUUAAGCCUUUAUAUUCCUUUAUGACCAAAUGUACCCCUACAUAAUGUACAGAUGUGUAAAAAAUAUAUAAUUUAUGUUUUUUA